AUGCAACUGCCUGAAACACCGCCGCCGCCUCUCGCUCCGCUGUGGGACCGCGUGCUCCGGGCGCGCGCCUUGCCGCCUGACCUCGAUGUCGAGCUCCUCUACGUCGCGAUAAGGGACCGCCUCACACAUCCCGAAUGGGAAGUUCGUCUUCACGCGCUUCGUGUCUUAGCAGAUCUUCUGCCGCUCUCCGGGAAUGCUUUGUCGUUUCCCUUCGACCAAGUCGUCGACAAUCUAGGACACAACUCGCCCAACGUAAGGAAAGCCGCGCUAGAUGCGCUUAAAGUUUUCUGCACGCACUGCGAAGAUGUGGAAUGUGCAGCACGUGCAAUUUUAGAUAAAUGUUCCUAUCACAACAUAAGGCCGCAUUCUGCAAAUCUGGACACAAAAGUGAACGUUAUUACUGGUUUGAUAUUAUCAAUACCUUCAGUGAUGGCUAUUUUAAAAAGAAGACAUUCGCACCUCGAUAUGUUACCUAUUUUUCAAGUUUUGGGAGAUAAACUCUACGAUCCCGUACACAGAGACGUGGCGCAGAGAUCUCUGCUGAAACUAAGACGAGCUUGUGGACCACGUGACUAUAUGAUGUAUCUAUCCAGGUUAGAUCCCAAAGUUCAGGAUAGAUUUCGUCACUUGUGCGAAACGUACGACGAAGAUUCUAUGGAUGUUUACUAUGCGCCAAGGAAAACUGCCUAUAGAAACAAUAACACACCUUUAGUAAAAAUUAAUCACGUUUUUAAUAAUGCUCACACGGGACCCAUCCGAGUGUCGACUGAUUCAUCUUCAGAAGAUUCUUUUGCACCUUUACCUUUUUACAAUAAUAAUUUUGCUAAAGUUAUAAUUGAAACUGAAAUUAAGUUUGAUUCCGAUACUGCGAUCACGAUGACCGUUUUAGAAGAGAAUGAGACUGAAUCUGAUAAGAAUACAGGAAGUGAAGACGACUACGAUAGUUCAGAUAGGAACAUGUUAAAAUAUAGUGACGGUGAUUCCGAGGACACGGACGUUGUGGUUAAAAGAGUGCGUUUCGGUGGUGAGAGUGUUAAAAUACGGACUCCUGACAGCGACAACUUGUUAACUAGUGAAGAUGAUGGUAAUGUACAUAGGCAACAGAGGAAUGGGAAUUUUAAAGAGAUAAUGGCACCACCAACUCCUGUAAUAGUAACAAAAAUGAAUGAAAUAAAACGCGAGGCUUUAGAAAGAGAAGCUCAAAAUAAAGUAAAUAACAAUAAAAAGAGCGGCAUACCACUGCCAGUGAUACAUAAUAAAUUGCAGAAACCAGCGUACGUAGCUAAAUACAAUGGGGUUAAAAUAAAAUCGAAGUCAUUAAGUGAGUUGUACGAUUAUUUUAGAUCGAAGAAUGAGGAAGGUGAAGGUAAAAUGCAGGAAAUGUCAGGGCUAGCGCUGUCAUUGGCGGAGGUGCGGUCUCCCGAAAAGUCGGGACGAAGUUCCCGAAGUCCUGUUGAACCUCAUAAGGAGGUGGAGGUGUUGCAUAACUUGCAACGAAGUCCCACAGUGUCUCCACGACGUCAUCAGACCCGGGUAGAGUUGGAGCGUGAUGGGUUCGUGUUAAGUCUGCUGGCUUCGUCACCGCCUAAGGAGACCGACAUUCUAACUCCUCGAACUCCAACUCCUCUGCGAGCACAUUAUGACUGGGAAGAACUAGGGGUAGUUCCACAGCAUGUGUCAGACCAGCUGCAUAACACGGAGAACUGGAUAGCGGCGGUGCGCGCAGCAGACCAGCUCCACAGCACGUUACUGGAAGCCAGCAGCGUGAGGAAGGUGGAGCCUGCAGCCCUGUCUCUGGUGCAGCAUAUGUGGGCGCUCAGCGAAGAGGUCGCGGCUGCAAGAGCUCCGGCAGAAGGUGCAGUCUGUGCCCUUGUGCGGGGUGCAAGCAGCGACUGCGCCAGACAACUGCUUCCCGCGCUCAUCUCUCGCAUGGCCAGGGAACCUCUCCCAGCAGCCUUACCGCAUGCAUUAUUGCAAAGACUGGCCCUGCAUCAUAUCGUCGACCUCAUAUUUGAUCCGAGUAUGAUUGGCGUGGGUGGGGAUAAAGAAGAAAUGCAAAGUGCCCAACUCCGGGCUACACUGUGCCUGGCCAGGGCAGCUGGACCGGCUGCCGUGUUGUCAGCGGUGAGAAGGAGGCUCGCUGGUACCGCAAGAGCUGAUGUUUUUUGUAAUAAGUUGAGGGAAAGGCUAAGUCGUCCUAUAGAGAACAUCAAGCCCAGUCACGUUAACAGGAGCUCGCAGUUACCAGUGCCAGUUCGUCGUAGAGCCAGAUCUACCCCGCCCCCUGCAGCCCCGCCACCUCCACGAAGACUAAGGCCUUUGCCUGACUCAGCACCCCUGCCUGGUGUGUCGCAACCAGGCAGGGAUUACAUACCUUUCAAGGCUUUAUCACCAAUUCCCCUGAGUGACAGGGCCAAUUUAUCGCGCUGCCGCGCUGUAGGGUGUAUGGCGUACGCCUACACACUCGUAGUGAGCCCCGCGUGCCGAGUGUCGGCGUCAGUCGCGGAGGCGCCGCGGCGGCUCGCGGGCGCCAUGUUGCGCUGCUGCUGCCCCCGCCCCGCCGUGCAGCCCGCCCCCGCUGCCCUCGCGCUAGACCUCGUCGCCGACCUACCCCCGCACACGCGAGACUCGAGCGCGCUUACCAGUUAUGAAGAUGGGGAAAACAAUAAAAAGGUAUCUGCUUCUAAGGAAGGUGCGGAUGAAAGGGUGAAAAUUAGUGCUAUAACUGAAGUAAACAUCGGAGGAGAACAGGUCCAGCAAACAAUACCAACUCCACCACGGUCACCCUCUAUACGAGUUGAAGACUAUUCUGAGAAAUCGAAUCCCUCGCCACUUAGUGGCCGAUCGCAAUUGCAGGUCGAUCCCUUACCACCUCAGACUCCAGGGAGUGCAAGCGCCUCCACUGGACAUGAGUCAUUAGAAUCUCGAGCUAGCACUGUUGUGGAGGUAUCACCGGUGCGAAAGAGUGCCAGUACUCGAGCAUCACCUACACCACCAAGGAGCAGCGCUCCUUCACCGGUACGAAGCGGAGUUCCUACACCGGAGCCAGCUAGUGAUGCUUAUGACGAACCACCGCAAGCUUGUGAGCGAGAUGUACGUACCGCUCUAGCCGAGUGUAUAGUGCCGGCGCGGCAUGAGGACUGGGAGGUGAUCGUUAGUGGACUCAUGGAAACUGAACGACUCGCAGCGGACCCGUCAGCUCGCGCUCCUGCUGUCAGUUGGCGAGCAGCCUCGCGCUCUGCUGCUGCGCACGUGCGCUCAUUAAGGUCACGAGUUGCCCGGGCCGCGUGCACCACACUGGGAGCGUUGUUCGAGCACCGAGGGCGCGCGCUGGACCCUGAGAUCGAGGAGGCAGCUGGUGCAUUACUGGAGCGCUGUGCCGACGUGAACCGCUUUCUACGAGCAGACGCAGCCAGUGCUCUAGUGAAGGUAGCAUGCGGUGGCAGCGAAGUGCGUGCCGUGAUGGCGCUGUCGCGACGAGGAGUGGCGCACCGCGCGGGCCCCGUGCGGGCGGCGGCGGCGGCGGCGCUGGCGCGGCUGGUGCGGCACGGGGGCGCGGCGCACGCGCUGGCGCUGCCGCCCGACGUGCGCACCUCGCUGCUGCGCUCGGCGGGCGAGCUGCUGGCUGACGCCAACGCAGAUACACGCCAGCACGCGCGCCAACUGUGCCUAGCUCUUGGUGAGGACGUACGAUUCAAGCAGAUGCUAAAGGAAGCAAUGCCACCGUCCCGAUAUCGUGCUAUAGAAAAAUAUGUCGACAAGUUGCGCUAUCGAUAG